CAGAAGAGAGAGACGAGGUGGCCAACCUCUUAGAAAAACCAUUGGUAGUGAUGUUUAGGAGACGGUAUUGAACUGACGCUCUUCUGUGCUACAUGUAGGUGCGUUCGUUGCAAUUGCUAAUAUCGCGUUAUCUUCCAAGAAGACGUUAUUGGGAUAACGGAAUACUGAGAUAGAUGAGGAUUUAAUUACCCGGAUUAAGUUGCUGCAGGUUACCAAAACAUUUUCUUGACGCAAGAAAAUACAUCAGCGGUGAUUGACGGAGACAUAAUUGAUUGCAAAAAAACAGCAAAAAAGGUGUCCAUAAUCUGACUAAUUCAUGUCAGAGAAAAUCAAAUUUAAACGGAGUAACAGAUGUAGCAACAGACUUGGUUCAUUGAGAUAUCCAGUUGCAAAGAAAAUCGACGGAGGAAUAAUAGCCAUCUGAUCUGGUCAUUUGUUCUUGAUUAAUAGAUCCAUGAGUGACGCGUCCAUAUAAAUCUUCACUAAAGACUCUGCAUGUUUAAUGAUGAUCGCAAGCUGACGCAACGCUUCGAUUAAAAACCUCUCGAUCAUACUUUUAAGAUAUAAAAAAAAAUUAAAAAAAAAAACGAAAGAAGCUGAAGGCCUAAAGGUACGAAAGAGUAAAACACAAGAACCUUAAAACAAUGGAGAAUAACACCAAUGUGUCCAUGGUUUAUAACAUGACGCCUUCCAUGGACCCAAACUACGAGGAUUAUGCACAGAUGCAAGCCGUCAUUAAUGUUGUUGUUCCGAUAAUAUUUGCCAUUCUUUUGGUGGUGGGAGUUGUCGGGAAUGGAAUUCUGAUAUAUACCGUUUUCGCCAACAAGUGCAUGAGGAACACUCCAAACGUUUUGAUUGUUAGCCUAUCUAUUGGAGACAUGGUGUUGUUAUUAAUGUCAGCUCCAUUCUCUUCCAUUCAUUUUUCGCAUGAAGAAUACCCUUUCGGGGAGGUUGUGUGCAGAAGUAACGAAUACUUCCAAACACUGUCCGUGGGUGUGUCGGUGUUCACCCUGACUGCCCUCAGCGGUGACCGGUUCUUUGCCAUCGUUUUUCCAAUGAGCAAACACAAGGGAAAACCUAAACUGAAAAUAGCAAUAACUGUAGCCUCGAUAUGGAUUAUAUCCGCUUUACUGGCUAUACCCGAGGCUAUUAAUAUGAAGAUAUUUGAAGCAAAAGGUAACCAGUAUUGUUAUAUCGACGAUAACAACUUUGCCAAAAUAUUCACAAUGGUGAAAUUCAUCGUUCUGUUUAUCGUGCCACUGUUGAUCAUUGGAUUUUUCUACUGCAUGAUGGCGGCGAUUCUUGUGACGAGCAGUCGGCGCAUUCCAUGCGAAACAACAACCGGCUCAGUGGUCUCCCGCCAACAACAGAGGCAAAUCGAGGCUAGGGUCAAGGUUGCAAAAGUUGUUCUGUCCUUUGUGCUAUUGUUUAUUUUAUGUUGGUUACCUAGAUACGUAUAUCUGCUGUGGUUCCACUGGGCUGACGAGGGUGAAAUGAAUCCGGGGUGGAUGAUCCUGAAAGUGGUGGCGUUCUGUCUGAUGUACAUAUAUUCCAGUAUUAACCCGUACGCCCUCUACUUUCUCAGCAGUCAGUUUAGGAGGUACUACAAUAAGUAUUUAUUUCGGUGCUGCCCAAAGUCGUACCGACCGAUCCAACCCGAGUCAGCCUCAGCAAUGAUUUACAAUGGGACGAUUAGACGGGGGAGUACUUCCAUGACACUGAUCAAAGCUCACUCAGAGGUCUAAUAAUAGAGAAGCUUGGUGGUCAACAAUUCAGACAACAGAUAAAACUAUAAUUUUAAGAUAUGAUUUUCAUGAUUUUCUAGACCCUUUCGCGAUAACUGCAGUACUGCUCUCUUGCAGGGCAAAUUGAUAUACUUUUCCGAAGAUAUGAUAGGUAGAUGAUUAAAUGAAGUAAUUGAAACAAUGUUACGUCAUAUUUUACCAAACUAUGUCAUUUUGCCAUGCAAAAAAGCAGUACUGCAGUUACCGUGAAAAGGUAAAUUAUUUGAUAAAAUAAAUCCAUUUAUCAUAAAUAUGAAAUUUGGACGUUUUCAUAUAUAUAUAUAUAUAU